AAAUGUGCGCAAGUGCGAGCCACCUCAGACUGUCAGACACGCAUGUGUACUUUGUUCCUUAUACACAAGUUUCGUUUUGCUUUUCAUCUCGUCCAGACGCACAAUUCUCUCGGCCAGCAGUGUUCGGCAAUUUUUCGGAGGAAAACGCGAAUGAUACAACUGUAUCGCGUCAUACACGUUUGUCACAGCUAAACAGCUUCAAAGCAGGUGACAUGUCACUGUUUGCCUGCUGCGUACGUCGGAAUCAACGAGAAAUGGAAAAUAAUCGCCAACAGACUUUAUUAAAAGAACCACCGGAAAUAUCAUGGGAGAACACGCUUGGCGCCCCGGAUGGUGUUCCAUUCGAUGACGACACAAAGGAAUUACUUAGGAGAUGCAUCGACGUAUCGACACCUACACCUACGACUCUGGCGCAAAUCAUCAAGCGAAGCGAGGCCUUUCCUAUAGAUUUUCCUAUCAACACCGUAAGAUGUUCCACGCUGAGGGACAGUGGAAUUAACGCAAGCACCCUCGAGAUGAACGCGAAUUCGGUUUAUCCUCUGAUACACGAGGCGAUGUUACCGUUGCUAGCUCGAUGGUUGAAGUACAAACGGCAAUAUGGCAGUGCGAUCGAGAGAGCCAUGUACAAAGACAUGGGCCUGGUACAAUUUAUCCACCGUCUGAUAGAGAAACGUGCCGUGCAUUUCUACGGGUCUAACGACCGAUGGAAACUGAUCGACGGUAAGACGGGUGUAGAAGGAUGGGAGAAUGUUGGCACGGAUCACGAGAAAGAACCCCUGGUGUUAACCAAAUGUUUGUCGUACGACGAGAUCAAAUUGUCCUCGAUGAUGGCGAUGUCCUCCCACUCUGAAUUUAUAAAUGACGGCUCGCGAGAUAACCGAGGCAUUGUGAAUAUCGAUCCAGACUCUGUACAGCCGAGAGGAGUGAUUAUAGGUGUUGUGGGAACAAGAUUUGAACGUCCACGUGUUAUGGAAUACCAGGAUAUUAUUAUUGCUCCUGCGCAGAACACUGUCGAGAACGGAUACGGGCCGCAAUCAGCCGGAGGCUCGGAGGAAACACGCGAGUUCCGCGUUCUGUGGGCCAAAUUUUAUGGCGAGGGAUACCACCCGCUGUACGAGGAGGCGCUGAAACGAAUUAAAACGAAAGAAAACAGAAGAUACCUGUCGUUGAACAGCCAGACGAUCUUCGACGUAGAGAAUUACAUGAAAAGAACACUGCUCACCGUGGAGAUCGUACUUCUCGAAGCAAACACACGGGCGGAGAAGCAAAACACGACCGCCUUCUUACACGUCGUGGGUUUCGGCCUUGGCGUAUGGAAAGUAACUCAGGAACAAGAGAUAUAUUUUCUAAAGACGUUCGAGAUUGCCCUCAGGAAGAUGAACAAGAAACUGAGAUACGUAUCCGACAUCAUGUUCGCGUAUUUCCAACAUCGAAAGUGCGGCGACGCUGGAAACGGCGACUACCUCGGAGAUAUAAAGAUUCACUUCGCUCUCAGAGAACCAAACAGCAAACUGAUCAAGGCCUCGGACGCGAACAAACUUCUGAUAGUGACGUACGCGUGGGAUGGAAACGCGUUGCCAGGAAACGAAUUCUGGAGCGGGCAUUUGACGUCCAGCGGGGAUCCGGCGGCGGCGUGUAGUAGCCAGAUCGCAGAAUUGCACACCUUCAGAAUAAAUCCCCGAGCAUGCGGCGCCAGCUUGCACGUUGCAUCUGCACAACACGGUAUUCUGCACAUAUCCGAUUACGCGAAGCUACACCUUGCUUAGGAAAGGGCUGGCCCGUUGGGCACCAGUCAACGAAGACCAUCACGAUCUCCGCGUAGUCAAAGGAGUCGUAGCGCGGAUGUCGAUUGCUUGAGGAAGUACACAGAGAGACGAGUAGAGGAGAGAAGGCACACAGAGAUACCAGAUGCGAGCAAGCUCGAUCCAUCCCGGUGGAUACCAUUGCCGAAAAAUAUCACGCG